AAUACCAGAGCGCUCGGUAUGACAGUGCAUCCACUGUGUCCACUGAAAAUGUAUGCCGCCUCGAAUAAAUCAACGAGGCUUCCUCGACCCUCCGCUGCACGGCGGAUAGGGUCGAGGUUACCUGGACUACUGAUGAUGGGGCUGGGUCAAUAACAAACAUUCUUUCCUCGUUCAAAUGUCUCAAUUUUACCCUAAGUGUUCCUUCGAUUCAUUUUAAUACCACUUAGGACUGAAUAUUAAACACUUAUGAACACUAAUAUUUUCACAAACAGUUCCAAACAAAUUCGUAUUUUGGAGAAAUCGUGGAUUUUCAAAAUUGGCAGUUCCAGUGUCUUCAAUCUGUCUGCAUUUUAGUGUAUUGAUGUACAUCAGCCUCUUAUUGUAACAACAAUGCAUUGAUAUUGAAGUCGGUUGUUACUGAUAAGUCUAUUGACUGUUGUGUUUUGUUCCUUAUAGAAAACCUGGUUAUCUGUGUACUGGUCAGUGGCUAUACUUUGUCCUUUAUCAGAUAUUGUCUAUAUUGAUUCCUAUUGUCGUAUUGAUCAACUUGACCUGACGUUGUUGUUGUUGAGGAAGGUAGAAAACAAAAGUGGACGGGCAGGAAAUCCUACCAAGAAGUCGAAGACCUCGGCAGAAUUUGUUUUAUAGGACUCGUGUUUCAAAGUGGUGGGCACGAUUCUGCGAUUUGUACUUUUUAGUUGGCUGCUGUUCGGGAAAGAUGUCGUUUUUAGCGUAUGACAACGUGGAUGGGGUAUUCGUAAACGGAGAGGAGGGUACCGAUGUUGCCGAUGGGGAAUCUUGUAAUCCCGUCAUUCACAUCUCCAAGGACGCAGAUAUUCCACCACGAUAUUACGUUCAUAAGAUCUUCUCGCCAAUGCAAGAUGCGUCAUUGCAGAACACACAGCAAAGACAGUCUGAAAAACCAUCAAGAUUUAGAAUGGUGCACACAAGUUGGGGCAGUAGACUCGUGAAAGAUGAUCGUAACAAACCAGUAAAUCUUGCUCUAGUCACCGUGGACAAUGACAAACUCAACCAUGACAACAGUCGAUGUGUUGGCAGGACAAUCAGGGAUGCACUGCACCACCACACGUGUGAGAUUAUAAGUUACGACCCAACGCACAUCUUGCUGCAGUUGCAGAAUCAAGAUGGCUGCCAGGCACUGGGACAGGCCUUUCUUGACGAGAAACUCGAUGACGUGGAUGGAUUUAAAGUCAUUGACAUUGAACCGUCGGUGCUCACCAAUCCCCCCAAAGCAUUCUUUGAGGUGGAGACAACGGAACCUGCGGCACUGUGCAAAUGUCUAGUCAACGUCAUCGCUCCUUCCUGGUCUCCAUUUACAUAUCUUACGGUGCGUCACACAGAGGAUACAAACACGCCCAUACGCCCAUCGUCGAUUGACGUGUUACCGGCUCUUUGCCUGAUGCUGCUCUUUGAAGGGAAAACACAGGCAAAUGCCAACUUGUCCUUGAAACGUUUGGCUCAGUCCCCGUGGCAACCAGUCCAGUUGCCGGACGUUGUAACAAAAUCGUUUGACCAUAACUUGGAUGCUUUCCAGAACAUGGAGUUUUCCGUACCGAUGUUCGGGGUCAAAACAGGCUGCCCGUACACGGGUGUCCAGCUCAUGGUACUAGUCCAGGAGCGUGGCAGAUUUGAGGAGAUGGAGCAUUUUUAUCAUAAUGUUACUGGACUCAAACCUUUGACCCGCCAUUCUGCUGGGUCCGAGGUUCAAUACUGUGUUUUCCCUCUGUCUCAGCGGGCGGAGCUGGUCAUAGCGUAUUACCCAGAAGUCACUGUCGGCUCGCUCAAAAACUCCUCUGUCUACAUCCAGGUGUCUGACGUGAAGCAUAUCCAGGGAAUCAUAAAAAUCAGUGCGGACCAUUGGCACAUCAAUGACCCAGAAGGGAACAAGGUCGUACUUUUCAUGCCUCUGAAAUAAGAGAGCAUUUUCGUACUUGUCAAUGUGUCCCUUAUUGAUUGCUAUCAAUUUUGGAAAUCUUAACUUUUAGUAGUUACAGUGGGGUGGUGGUGAAAUGUGACUAACAUUAAGAGUCGAAACGAUCACAUGUUUUGUGCUAAUGUUAUUGCUGUCUCAAGUGCUAAGUCAUGUAGGUGGCAACCUACACAGGUCGGGCUUUGUCCUUCUUAAUGUGUAAUUAUCAGGGUAUGCUACACCGGACCUGUGCUAAAGUGAGAUGAGAUCAUUGGCAAGACACUGUUUGGGUAACAUGACUUCACUUCCAAUUGUCAGUAGAUGAGAAGCAUGUGUAGAACUUGUGAAUCAAAUGCUGAAGAUUUCCUCUUGAACUUUGGUUAAAGUAUUAUUUUAAAGAGCCAGUAAAUAGCAUUUUUAAUUGUUCAAAUACCGUUUACCUGCAUAUUGAGCUUGAAUUUCGGUAAAUUGAACGUGGAAACCUCUAUGGCGCCCCUCUUGACGGGGUCAGGAAAUGUUAGUAAGCGUUGGAAGAACCAGAAAUGAGAGUUUUUCUCUUGGUGAGCUAUGGAGGUUGAUCGUGUCAUAACCUAGCCAUGAUUUUAUCAUUCAUCAUCUAAUUGUUGUUGAUUUUGUUACUGAAGAACAGUUGUAACCCGUUAAGACUUUUGUUAAUGGUACUUGGUUUAGUUCUGUUCCUUUCUACUUUUAAAACUUGAUGACAAGGUAUUUGAGGACCAACUGAAUGUAUUUAUUCAAGAAUGUUUGAAAAAUGUUCAAUAAGGCUAUAUAUAUUGACAAGCCAAGAAUGUACCUUUGUAUUUCCUGCCUACUCUUUGCAAAACCAUUUGACCUGAUGCCACAAAUUGGCGUGCUUCUCGAGAAGGCUACUGAACAAUUGGUCUUCUCAAAGCUACAUGCACAUAACCAACAAAAUGGUGAUGAAAAUAAAAAAAAUGUUUUCAGCGUCAGCCCCCACUUGUCAGACAGGGACUAAAUCAUGUGCCAAAGUAGCUGAAAACAAACUGAAAAUUUGGAAAAUAGUGGAAAGUACGCCUGAGAGUGGCUCUAGAGUAAUAUACCGUCUUACUUCUUUGCCUAUGAAGACCUAUUGUUGAGGGCUACAACACCAUUUGUGGCACAGGACAUAUUGAAUUUGUCUUUGCUUCAUACAUGUACUGUUCAGUGAUGUUCUUACCUCCAACCAAGGCAUACAUGUAGUUCAUUGUAUAUCAAAACCAACUAUUCAAGCACAUACUGUGUCACAAAAACAAGAUUAUCUACUUAUGAGUUUGAAUAACUCACAUCAAUUAAGGUGAAACAGUGCUUUUUGUUUCCUGUUUGUUUACACUUAUAACAGGCAGUUCACUCAAGUAUAUGUUAGUGGACAACAUGGUGGUAGUGUACAUUUCAUUAUUCAACCAAGGCUAUGGAAUCGCCUAUUGAAAUCGAUUCAUUGUGGUUAUAAUUUGUAUCAUUUUCCCCAGCAGCAAUGCUCUUGUAACACAGUCGUAAUACAUUUCAGUUGACUUUAAACCAAAAAUAGAUAAUCUUUUCUUACUAAAUGUA